AUGGGCGAAGAUGAGCUGAAAGCUGAGAAAGACAAGAAGAAGCGACUCGAGCGCGAAGCUAGAUGGAAGGCGGAAAAAACAGCGGCUGCACAAACAGCUCCUCAGCUUUCCCCAGCAGCGACGACUACAGCAAGACCAGCUCCAGAAGAAGCGGAACUUCACACAGCAGACUUGAUACGGCCAAUUGUAAUCAAUCAGCCUCAGCGCAACCUACCUAUGUCCACCAUUCCCGCAGACCUUCCAACGUUCAUCAUCACCUCUCCAACGAUCGUCGAAAACGUAUCUCCCAACAACAGUAGGCCCGUAACACCCCAUCAGCAACCACAUUCUCGAUCCGCAACGCCAGCCUCCAUGGUCCGUUCUAGUGCCCGGUCAACCGCAAUGACCGACUCCACAAAUUCGAGACACGACAGCCCAGCAUCUACUUCAUCGAGCAAAGCCUCUCACAACUCCGUCUUAUGUCCGUUGUGUGAUUCCAAGACCCAUACCGAAGAGCGCUGUCCAAGGCUUGCGGGGAUUCCUGUCUCGCCGACGCAGGGGAUGGCUCGGUCGCCUGGACGCUACUACGCGGCAUCGAACAGAUCGACACCGAGCUUGGGAGAGAUGCGUUGA